AGCGCAGCGCUGUCACUCUUCGGGUGAUUUGUUUGCUUUUCUUUCGUCCUAAAGACACGAAGUAACAACGACAAACUUCUGGAGGUUUAUUCAGAGACUUUCCGGAAUGAAAGGAGACACAAUGACGCUGCUCAAAUCAAGGUUGCCAUGGAGAUAAGAAGAACCUUCUCACGCCCGUUAUGAAUCCCAGCUCCUCGUCGGCCAGCUUGGAGGGCCGGCCCCCCGAGGACGAGCUGACGGAGGAUUGGCUCUUCCUCACCGCUGAGUUCAACGGGACUCAGCAGCUGGAAGAGAGCCGGGAGGACGAGGACGCCGAGGAGGUCGAGGACAGAGGCAGACUCAGAUCCAAGCUGGUCUCGGCGUGGAACAGUGUCAAAUAUGGCUGGUCCUUGAAGCAGAAAUCCAAAUUCAGCAGAAGCUCUCCGGUGAUCAUGUUGGGAAAGUCCUACGAGCUCAAGGAUCAAGGGGAGAGAGAGCACUUCCGGCGCUCCUUCACGACUCUCCUGUGGUUCACGUACAGACGGGGUUUCCCUCCGCUAUCAGGGGGCUCUCUGACCACCGACAGCGGCUGGGGGUGUGUCCUGAGGACGGGGCAGAUGCUGCUGGCACAAGGCCUGCUGCUGCACCUGAUGCCUCCAGGUUGGACUUGGCGUGCGAGCCAACGUGUCAGCAAAGACGACUCGGACCUUCAGGUGAGCAGCACUGAGGGAGGGCUGUCUUUAAAGGAGGAGGAGAAAAACCGACGACACAGCUUGGAUUCUAACCUGAACAGACCGAUGGAGGCGACACACAGACGGGUGGUGACGUGGUUUUUGGACCGUCCCGCCGCCCCCUUUGGGAUCCACACGCUGGUGGAGUUGGGGAAAAGCUCGGGGAAGAAAGCCGGGGACUGGUACGGACCGUCCAUCGCAGCUCACAUCCUCAGGAAAGCCGUGGCGGCGUCAGCAGACGUUCCCAAUCUGGUCGUGUAUGUUGCACAGGAUUGCACCAUUUAUUUAGAGGACGUGAAGCGGCUGUGUGAGCGACCUCCUCCUCAGUGCUGGAAGUCCGUCAUCGUUCUCGUUCCUGUGCGCCUCGGAGGACAAGAUCUCAACCCCUCCUACAUCACAUGUGUCAAAAGACUCCUGACGCUGCAGAGCUGCAUCGGAAUCAUCGGAGGCAAACCAAAGCACUCUUUGUUCUUUGUGGGCUUCCAGGAUGACCACCUGCUGCACUUGGACCCUCACUACUGUCGGCCCACCAUCGAUACAACCAAGCAGAACUUUCCCUUGGAGUCAUUUCACUGUAAAUAUCCCAGGAAGAUGUCGUUCUCUCGCAUGGAUCCCAGCUGUACCAUCGGGUUUUAUGCAAAAGGUCAGAAGGACUUUGAAGCAAUGUGCUCGGCUGUUAACGAGGCUCUGACCACGUCUGCGGAGAUGUACCCCAUGUUUAUUUUUGUGGAUGGAGCGAGUCAGGAGGAAGAAGAGUCUUGCAGAACGUCCUCCAACGACAUCGCCUACAUCCAGAGGAACGCCAAACACACACACGUGGCGACGAGCAACAGCAUGGACGAGUUUGUUCUGUUGUGAUCACAAGAGGAGUCAAACCCCUCGAACCUCACGGAGCCUCAGAAGAGAUCAAACCUUUAAUCAAACUGUAUUUUUAUUGCUCAUAUCUAUUUGUAUUUAUUGUUUUAAGAGGGGAACAUGUCACUGCAUCAUUUAUUGUGAAGAAUUGAGAUCAAAAGGACAAACGUGUUUCUAUGAGUCUGUUUUUGUGUCGGUGACAGGAUGUGCUGCCUUUCACUAGAUUAGAAAAUUAAAUCUGUACAAACAUGUGACUCACAUCAGAAGAAGAAGAACAGAUGUUAAAUAGUCACUUCACUCAGAGGACAAAAAGUACUGAAACUGUUCAUAUGAUCUGCUGUCGUUUAUAUAAAUAAACAGUUUAUGAAUUAAAAAA